UGAUAUUGGCGAUGGCGAACCCGGUUCCAUUUGCAAAGGCCUUUGAGUUGUUCUGCAAAGGUGCUUUUCUGUUUGGAGAGGUAUGCGACCACGCUCUCGAGUACUAGGAGGAGAGCUUGAGGAGGCUCGAGAAGGUGUUGUUCUUGAAGUAGGAGGAUAUGAUGGAAAAGCCAGCGGCGAACGUGAAGAGGUUGGCGGAGUUCUUGGGGUGUCCCUUUUCCCCUGAGGAAGAGAAUGAAGGGGUGGUGGAGGAAAUUAUAAGGUUGUGUAGCUUUCAGAAGCUGAGCAAACUGGAGGCGACGAAGGCUAAAUUAGGCUAGAAUCACCUUACUGUGACCCCUCAAACAUUUGCAGCAUUCUUCAGGAAAGGAGAGGUGGGGGAUUGAAGGAAUCAUAUGAUCAGUUUGGAGAUGGCUUGAAAGUUGGACCAUCUCAUAGAGCAAAAGCUAAAGGGAUCCGGUUUGACCCAUGGACGUGGGACUGAUGGCUGCUGCCACCACUGGCAUAGGCUCGGCUCUACAAGUCCAGGAGGAGACCCGCUUCCCGCGGUUACCUGCAAAAAGCCUCCAUUUCGCGUGAUCUCGGUCAUGGCCACGCCUUCUUCCGUAAUUCCCAAUAGCGGACGUGCCUUAGCGCCCGAGGAAGCAAAGCGAGAGGAUGCUCCAAAACCUCGGAAAGAGUUCGAUGAUCUCAUCUCAACCCUGCCUCUAAAUCAAGACUGGAUACCCAUCCGCCUCCGAAAAUACCAAGACUUCUGGAUCCCCGAGCACUCUCUUCCAGAAGUCAUGGCCAUGCAGCAAAACUUCCAGGCUCGCCUCGACGACCUCUUUGUGCUGAGCUACCCCAAGUCCGGCACCACCUGGCUCAAAGCGCUAGCCUUUGCCAUCAUGACCCGAACCCGCUACUCCAUGGCCGACCACCCUCUCCUCCGCUCCACCCCCCACGACUUCGUGGUCUGCAUCGAUAGAUUCUUCUCCGGCGGCAGGCCGUCCAAAUUAGAGGCCAUGCCUUCCCCUAGGAUGCUCAGCAGCCACUUGCCAUACCCUCUGCUACCGGAUUCCAUGAAAGGAGCCGGCGGCCGAUUCUUGUACGUUUGCCGGGAACCCAAGGACGUGUUCGUCUCCCGGUGGCACUUCAACGACAAGAUGAGGCCCGACUCCGUGGAGCCGAUUCCAUUCGGCAAAGCUUUCGACUUGUAUUGCGAUGGCGUCAGCCCCUACGGAUCGAUAUGGGAGCACGCUCGCGGUUACUGGGGGGAGAGCUUGAGGAGGCCUGAGAAGGUGUUUUUCCUCAAGUACGAGGAGAUGCUGGAGGAGCCGGCGGGGAGUGCGAAGAAGCUGGCGGACUUCAUGGGGUGCCCGUUCUCGCCGGAGGAAGAGAAGGAAGGGGUGGUCGAGGAGAUUACAAGGCUUUGUAGUUUUGAUAGUCUGAGCAAACUGGCCGGGAGCAUGCCGCGCAAGCUCAACACGAAGCUGCCGCUGCAGACUACUUCAUUCUUUAGGAAAGGAGAGGCAGGGGACUGGAGGAACCACAUGAGCGAGGAGAUGGCUCGGAGGAUGGACGCGGUAACCUCGCAGAAGCUGGAGGGAUCUGGUCUGACCUUCGGGAUUAGCGCGGGCGUGGAAGCUAAUGGAAUGUGAUUUGCAUUUUGAUGUGUUUUACCUCUUCCAAUCUUGGUUGGAAUUGUUCCCCCAGUAAUCACUUCAUCUUGGGGUGCUUGGGUUAAAUAAUUUCUGGCUUAAUCCCUAUGUAUUGCUGCCUUUUGCAAUACUUAAAUAUAAUACUAUGAUCUGCUAUCAAGUGCUUGGUGUGAUACUCAA